CUCAUUGGACUUAGAUAGUGUUAAUGUUUAAAGUUGAAGACAGUAUAUAAUUCAUAAAGAACAGUGGAAUCCAGAAUUAAACCUCAAAUGUGACUGAUUUACUAUAGAACUAAGCAUAUGAAAAUUCACCGGGCCGAGUCCUUUCCAGCUUAGCUAAUAUGUUUAUACACAUGUAACUAAUAAUGAGUUACUGCCUAAGAAUGAAGUUAAACAGACGUUACAAUUUUAUACAUGCAAAAUACUGGUGUGUCUCAUGUCGUGCAUUAACAAAAUAAUUAUUAAAGUACAUACAAAUAAUGACCUUUGUGACCAAAGAAAGCCGGAAGUAGUCAGAUGAUAAAGCGGAAGUGGAAGAGUGAUCAACUUGAGGUUCUUGAUCCACUUGAAAGACGUCUUGUUAUGAAUCACACAGAUCAGUGUUGCUUAUAAUGUCGACAAGGUUAAUAUUUGUUGACAACCAGGAUGAUAAAAUGAAAUAUUAAUUUGAUGCAUAAACUACUUUUAUUAGAGAAAAUGUUUUUAUUUGGAUUUAUAGCACUAAGUAUCAUAACGGAAUGUACUUGUGUGAAUUUUGAAGGAUACGGUUAUGAUGGCUGGUACAACAACUUGAACAACCCUGAUUGGGGAGCCGCAGAAACGCCACUUCAAAGGAAGAGUAAGGCAGCAUAUAGCGAUGCAGUCUACGAGCCGUCUGGGCAUUCCCGUCCCAAUCCGUUUGACAUCAGUAAAGCCGUCCAUCAGGGUAAAACGGGACUUCCGUCAUACGCAGGGAGAACUGCUAUGCUUGUUUACUUUGGACAACAGAUAGUUGAGGAAAUUGUUGAUUCACAAAGACCUGGUUGCCCUAUUGAAUACUUUAACGUUCCUGUCCCUGAAGGCCAUCCAAAGUUCGAUCCUUCGAAUAAAGGUAAUGUCAAAAUGACGUUUAGAAGAACUCGUUACGACCAACGGACCGGAUAUUCUCCAAACAACCCAAGGCAACAGUUGAAUGAAAUUACACCGUUUCUUGACGGACAAGUUAUAUAUGGUCCAAACAAGGCAUGGGCGGACGCGUUAAGGUCUUUCAAAGGUGGACGUCUAGCAUCGACCCCUAGCCAAUUUCCAGUCAACAACUCAGCACGACUCCCGUUCGCUAACCCACCUGUAGCAAGGACACAUAAACUUGAACCAGUAUCAAGAUUUCAUGCAAUAGGGAAUCCGCGUGGUCACGAAAAUCCAUUUUUAUUAUCAUUUGGAAUUCUUUGGUUCCGAUGGCAUAAUUUGAUAGCUGACCAAAUAGCGGCUGAAAAUUCAUCGCUUACAGACGAACAGAUUUUUAAUAUUGCAAGAAAAAGAGUGAUUGCACAGUAUCAGAAAAUAGUGUUUUACGAUUGGCUACCAGUAUGGCUGGAUACCAGUGUUACACCAUUCGAUUUCAAGCAGAAAUAUCCUUAUAUGCAAGCAACUAAUGAAACAAAGGUAUACAAUGGUUACAAUCCGAGCGUACAUCCGGGUAUUUUCCAAGAAUUUCAAACGGCAGCGAUGCGUUUCGGUCACACUUUGGUUACACCUGGACUGUGGAGACGGACAGGUACCUGUAAUUUCCUACACAGUCGAGACCCCGAAUCUUACAGGCAGUACAAGGCUCUGAGAUUAUGUAACAGUUACUGGAACUCUAGGAUUUUUUUUCGGGGAAGGGCAAAAAAUACCCAAAGAAGGCCCCAUCCUUUUCCCCCUGAUCUCACAGAAAGUUUGUUCGGACCUCUAGAAUUUUCAAAACGAGAUCUGGCAGCUUUAAACAUUCAGAGAGGCAGAGACCACGGUAUUUCAGACUAUAACACAGUCCGUGAAAGUUACGGUUUGAAGAAGAUAGAAAAAUGGGAAGAUAUAAACCCGUCACACAAUACAAAUGAAAUUAAACGAUUGAAAAAGCUGUAUACAAAUGGAACAGGUCCGGAGAAUGUUGAUCUUUUUACUGGUGGCAUGCUUGAGACGGUGCCAACCGGACCCGGGGAACUAUUUAAAACAAUUAUAAUAGAGCAGUUCCUCCGAAUACGUCAUGGUGAUCGACUGUGGUUCGAAAACACCGAACAAAGUGGAUUGAGUCAGAGAGAAUUAAAUGACGUUUGGAGAACAGAUUUAGUUGAUGUUAUAACUGCCACUACAGGAAUAGAGCACGAUAUACAGAGAAAUGUUUUCCUAUUUACAGAUGCUGAUCGGUUUGGUUGUCUAGAACAACCCAGACAACUGAAUACCGAGGAGGACGGUUUACUGGAGCCCUGUACACCAUUAGAGACGUAUGAUUAUUUUACCGGAAGUGAAGUGUCAUUUGCUGUCACGUUUGUUGUGGCAGCCGCAUGUAUACCGCUGACGUUCCUGACAAUGUAUUUAUUGGCAUGGCACAGACGAAAUAGCGUUUUCAAGUCGAGACAACUUCAACAACCUUUACAGAAAACAACUUCUUCAAAUAUGAAUGAGUUCAAAGCGUUAGAAUGGGUAGACUGGGACGAACUGGACAGGUAUGUGUUUGUGGUACUCGAUCCCAAAGAUGGACGUUUAGAUGUGUUCAAUACUAAAAGGUUACUCUUACGCUACAUAGACCUUGCGCAGGCCGCCAAGUUACAGAAAGGGACAAUAGAAAUCCAUUUGUCCAGUGAUAAAACGGAAAAUCUGUUGGCAAUCAAAUUACAAGAAUACGACCUGGUGCUAAAGUUCUAUGACACGAAUGAACGACAGCGGUUUGUUGCUAGACUGGAAACGUUCAGUACCAAUAAAAACUUUUCACUCACACAGAGACACUUGCUCGAAUCAUACAUUCUACGUAACGUGAAUACAAAGAAACAUAGACAAGAAAAACUAAACAAAUUUUUCCGAAAAAUUCUAAGCAUGUUUAAUGAAGGCGAGCAAGAUGUGGAGGAAAAUUUUUACGGUCCUGUCGAAGACACUGGAAGUGAAAUGACACGCAUUGAACUGACGCAAGCCGAAUUUGGUGAAGCUUUUGGCAUGAAGCCAAACUCCACCUUUGUUAAACACAUGUUUCUCUUGGUAGAUACGAACCAAUCAGGUCGCGUGUCUUUCAAGGAAUUCCUGGAUAUUUUCAUCUUGCUUUCGUCAGACGACACUGAUAGUAAAACCAAGCUCUUGUUUAACAUGUACGACAUCAAAAGACAAGGCUAUCUUACCAUAGACGAUCUGUACCAAAUGAUCAGGUCGCUUUUAGAUCUUUCUGAAAGCAACGUUACGGAUGAACAGGUGUCUGAAUUCACUUCUGCCGUCUAUAAGUCGGCUGGUCUAAGACCUGGAUCUGAGGUCACUUUUGCCGAUUUCAAGAAAGUGUUUACAUCCGGGAACUAUGCGAAAACAUUGAAGAACGCAACUAUGGAAUUAAAUGCUGUGAAUGAGGGUGACGACGACCAGUCAGCGUUCCUCGCAGUGCCGUCUGCUGGAAGUAAAAUGAUGCAACGUCGCUGCACAUUGGUCCGUGGCUACAGUGUUGUGUCUGGUCAAGGAACAUUAAGCACAGAUUACGGGGCAAGAAAAUCAAGUCUGGUUUCCGGCAAGUAUACGACUUUUGCACGGAGUCCCUCCCAAAUCAGUCGUGUUAAAGUCUUCACUGAUCUAAAGAAUGAGAAUAUUCCGGAUAUUGUUGUAAGAAUUCUGGGAUAUCUAGAAACUUACAGGUUACACGUGUUUUGGCUCAGUCUGUACUGCUUGGUUACAGUAGGUGUUUUCGUAGAACGGUCUUACUAUUAUGCUGUGGAGAGGGAAAAUGGAGGGCUACGUCGGGUAGCAAAUCAUGGUGUCACAAUGAGUCGAGGAUCUGCCAGCGUCAUCAUGUUUACUUACGCUGGACUUCUUAUUACCAUGUGCAAAAACCUCAUAACGGGCCUCAGAGAGACUUUUCUUCACAGAUUCGUGCCCUUUGACUAUUUUCAUGCACUUCACAAAUUCAUAGCGUGCAUUUCACUUGUCUUCACAGUACUUCACGUGACGGCGCAUUGUGUCAACUUCUACCAUGUUUGUACACAGCCAUCAACGGACCUGAACUGUUACUUCAGAGAAUAUUUCAGAGCCACACACGAGUUGGCAAGCUUCCAUUACUGGGCUUUUGGGACUAUAACAGGUCUGACUGGAAUUUGUUUGGUGGUGUUGUUGAUCGUUCUAUUUGUGUUCGCACUUCCGCUUGCAAGACGCCAUCUUUUCCACAUGUUUUGGAAGACGCAUAAUCUGUAUAUUGCCAUUUACAUUCUCACGUUUCUCCAUGGAAGCGCAAGAUUGGUCCAGGAACCACAUUUUCCCUACUAUAUUGUUGGACCAGCUGUUCUUUUCAUAAUUGACAAACUAAUCAGCAUCAGCCGCGCUACAAUAGAGCUGACAGUGAUCAAAGCCGAAUUACUUCCGUCAGACGUCACGGCACUAACCGUCAUUAAACCGCCUGGAUUCGAGUAUCAAUCUGGACAAUGGGCACAAGUGGCGUGUAAGACUUUAGGAGCGCGUGAAUUUCACCCGUUUACGAUGACGUCAGCACCGCACGAGAAAUAUCUCAAGUUUCAUAUAAGAGCAGUUGGACCGUGGACGACAAAUAUCAGACGUAUCUUUGACCCCAGUUCCCGAGCUGGUUCCGGCUUUUCAAAGCUAUUGCUGGAUGGACCAUUUGGAGAAGGGCACCAAGACUGGUAUCGUUACGAAGUAUCUGUAUUGAUAGGGGGCGGGAUUGGUGUCACGCCCUUUGCUUCUAUACUAAAAGAUAUUGUACACAAAUCACAGAUGGACGUCACGAUACGCUGUAAAAAGGUAUACUUCUUGUGGGUAACCCGGACACAGAAACAAUUCGAGUGGGUUACAGACAUAAUCCGUGAUUUGGAAGCAGUUGAUCAUAACAAGAUGGUCACUACACAUAUUUUCGUCACAGAAUUCAAGUCAAAAUUUGACCUCCGUACAUCUAUGCUUUAUAUUUGCGAGCGUCACUUUCAAAAGAUAGCUGGCAAAAGCUUGUUCACUGGGCUGGAAGCGGUUACACAUUUUGGACGGCCAAGUUUUUUACAGUUCCUAGAAUCGUUAAGAUAUGAACACAAAAAGGUAAAGAGACUCGGUAUAUUUAGCUGUGGACCAAGACCAAUGACACUCGCAGUGGAGCAAGCCUGUUUGGAAUUAAACCAAUACCAAUACCCAACAUAUUAUCAUCAUUUUGAAAAUUUCUAGACUUCACUUGCUCAUGAAAAUUCACAUUACGAUAUUUCCUUUGAAACGGAAGUAUAAUUUCGCGCAUGCGUAUUCUGCGAACAUCGAGUAUUUUAUAGACAUUAAAUAAGUUAUUAAACGAUUUGAACUAAUCUAAAUAAUCAAUGGAGAGUUAGGAAACCAGUAUUUGGAUAAAUUGCCGACGCAGUGGUGAAUAUUAUGAGGUAAUUAUACAUUGUAUACUACUAUCGUACACAGCUGUCAAACGUAUAUUGGACGAGGCGCUAGUGUACGAGUAUUGCUCUCACCAAUGUAUAAUGACCUCUUUAUAUCAUAUCACCAUCAUUUCUGACGUUUUGACAGUGUGGACUCUGAAUAUGUAAACGAAGCUAGACACAGUUCGAUAUGCAUUUGAUGUGAUUAAGAUAUUUUGGACUGUGAAAAUGAGGCUAUAUCGGGUACGAUAUGCAUCUGGUAUGGAACUUUUGAACUCUUGAAAUGUAAACGAGGUAAUAUUACUAAGAUGGAUCAAAUGAUGAUUUCUAUUGGAAUAUCACGUGUUUCAAAUUGAAAGACCUUGCGCAAAUGCUGAAGAUUCACGAGUUAUAUUCUAUAAGGUGUGAAAUAAAAGUUAUUAUUUUGAAUUUGUAUAAAAUCUAUCGAAGCAAGAGAA